AAUGGCAUUUCCGUCAUUGGGGAAUAAAAAUACGGGCAUUGACCUCAGAAUCGGCGUCAAGCUCUCCAACGAUGACCCCGCCCCAUCCCUCCCCAUGAAUCCCGUUUGAACGUUUCCUCUUUAGAAUCUCUCCAUGCGUGUAUAUAUAUUUUGUUCUAGUGCCGUGUAGAUCUCAGAGGACAAAUCCCAAGCGGUUUAAUUAGGGUUAGGGUAUCGCAGUUUCUCAGAUUGUUGAGAGUGGAAAGCAAAGCCGAGCUGAGAUUUAAAUUGGAUAAUCACCAAGUGGUUUGAUUUCCACUCAGUGGCAUAAAAUUGCAAUUUGUUUGGCAUAUUGGAGCUCUUUGCGGUAGGAGCGAAAACCAUGGCUUCGGCUGUUAUGAAUGUCACGGCAACGGUACUAGAUUGGAUGUCCGCGGCAUUUGAUGCUCCACUUGCCAGGGCAGUUGUUUUCGGGGUUCAUAUUGAUGGGCAUCUGGUUAUUGAAGUGCUCCUCAUCGUAGUCAUACUGUUCCAGCUCACAAGGAAGAGCUACAAGCCUCCCAAAAAGCCACUGACUGAGAAGGAAAUAGAUGAACUUUGUGAAGAAUGGGUCCCAGAAUCUCUUCAUCCACCUAUCACAGAGGAAAUGCUAGCUCAACCUCCUACUUUGGAGAGUGCUGCUGGGCCCCACAGUAUAAUAGAUGGGAAAGAAGUUGUGAACUUUGCAUCGGCAAAUUAUCUUGGACUGGUUGGCAAUGAGAAGAUAAUUGAUUCAUGCAUUACUUCAGUGGAGAAAUAUGGUGUUGGUUCUUGUGGUCCUCGUGGUUUUUAUGGGACAAUUGAUGCCCACCUUGAUUGUGAGACCAGAAUAGCAAAGUUCCUGGGAACCCCAGAUUCUGUUCUCUAUUCUUAUGGAAUUUCUACAAUCUUCAGUGUUAUUCCAGCUUUUUGCAAGAAAGGAGAUAUCAUUGUUGCUGAUGAGGGUGUUCACUGGGGAGUGCAAAAUGGACUUUACUUAUCAAGAAGUACGGUUGUUUAUUUCAAGCACAAUGAUAUGGCAUCAUUGGAGAGCACCUUGAAUAAAAUCACUCGUGGAAAUAAGCGAGCAGAAAAGAUACGGCGCUAUAUUGUUGUUGAAGCUGUAUACCAGAAUUCUGGUCAAAUAGCACCAUUGGAUGAGAUUGUCAGACUGAAAGAGAAACACCGUUUCCGGCUUGUGUUGGAUGAAAGCCAUUCAUUUGGUGUGCUUGGAAAAUCUGGGAGAGGCCUUGCUGAAUAUUGUGGGGUUCCGAUUGAGAAAAUUGAUAUAAUAACUGCUGGAAUGGGGAAUGCCUUGGCAACUGAUGGAGGCUUUUGCACUGGAAAUGUCAGAGUUGUUGAUCACCAGCGUCUCAGUAGCUCUGGCUAUGUCUUUUCUGCAUCGUUGCCUCCCUAUCUUGCAAGUGCGGCAAUUACUGCAGUUGAGUACUUGCAGGAAAAUCCAUCUGUCCUUGAAACACUCAGGAGCAAUAUCGCUUUAUUGCAGAAAGGCUUGGCUGAUGUACCAGGACUAACAAUCACUAGCCAUCCUUUAUCACCUAUCGUGUUUCUGAAACUUAAAAAAUCAACAGGCUCAGCAAAGACUGACUUGCAGCUUCUUGACACUAUUGCUGACAGGGUCUUGAAAGAAGAUUCGGUUUUUAUUGUGACCUUGAAAAAGUCUACUCUGGACAAAUGUCGCCUUCCUGUUGGCAUCCGCUUGUUUGUUUCGGCAGGUCAUUCUGAAUCUGACCUACUGAAAGCAUCUGAGUCGUUGAAGAGGGUUGCAGCAUCGGUGCUGGCUGAGCUUCUUUGAGGUUCUGUUUGCCAAUGAAGGAGCAGGAGCAGGUCAAAUUAUAUCAGCAUUUUGGUUUUCCCCCAUCGCUUGAAUAUUGUCGUUUAUGUGGGUCUAGAUAUGUAUAUAAGCCAAAUUCUUUUGCCACCCAGGAUGUGCUUUCAUGGUUCUAGAAAAUUCUGAAAGCAGGUAGAAAUUCUGUAUAAUAGGGAUUUGCUUUAAUUUUCUGAAUUUCUGCAUUUUCUUUUGCUCAGAUAUCCCUUGGAACCGGGGGAAGCAGUCUUGCAUGUAGUCUUAAACCAUUUAAAUAAGAAGUUUGCAUCAUUUCAUUGAACGAA